UUCCCACAUCUCUUAUUCUCUCUUCUCCUCCUCACUCACUCCCUUGUCCUAUCUCUCUCGCGUCUCGUCGCCACUAACCGCCGGUUUCUCUCUUCUUCACAGUCACCUAUCUCGCCUCCUCUUAGAUAAGUUGUUUUUUUACAGCUUGCAACAUUUACGUUCAUCUUCAACCCAAUUGAGUAGUGUGAGUACGUAUACAACCGAAAAUCUGUACUCACACAAAUGCAAUGCAAUGCUGCACACAUUCGCAAAACUCAUCCGAACAACAACCACACUCUCUAAAUCAAAACUACUCCAUCACCACAAAACCCUAACCACCACCACAACCACCACCUCCAAAGAUGAAUACUUCGCCGCUAUCCAACACGUCGCAAACAUCGUCCGCCGCGAUUUCUACCUUGAACGAACCCUCAACAAACUCCGAAUCACAAUCACCCCCGAACUCGUCUUCCGCGUUCUCCGCGCUUGUUCCUCUUCCCCAAUCGAAUCCCUCCGUUUCUUCAACUGGGCCCAAUCCCUCCACCACCACCCUCCCUACACUCCAACCUCUGUCGAAUUCGAAGAAAUCGUCACAAUCCUUGCCAACUCCAACAAUUACCAAACCAUGUGGUCCAUCAUCCAUCAAAUGACUCACCACCACCACCUCUCCCUCUCCCCCUCCGCCGUCUCAUCCUUAAUCGAAUCCUACGGCCGUCACCGCCAUAUCGACCAAUCCGUUCAACUUUUUAACAAAUGUAAAAUUUUCAACUGCCCUCAGAAUCUUCAACUUUAUAACUCCCUCCUUUUCGCACUCUGCGAAUCAAAACUCUUCCACGCCGCAUAUGCCUUAAUCCGCCGCAUGCUUCGUAAAGGUAUUAGCCCUGAUAAACACACCUACGCGCUUCUCGUCAACGCGUGGUGCUCGAGCGGUAAAAUGCGUGAGGCACAACAGUUUCUAAAGGAAAUGAGUGAUAAAGGGUUUACCCCUCCUGUUAGAGGUCGUGAUCUUCUAAUUGAAGGGCUGUUAAAUGCCGGUUAUAUUGAAUCAGCGAAAGGAAUGGUGAGAAAGAUGGUGAAGGAAGGGAUUAUACCUGAUGUGGGAACAUUUAACGCGUUGAUGGAAUCAAUUUGUAAAUGUGGAGAAGACGAAGUUAAGUUUUGUAUUGAGCUUUAUCAUGAGUUAUGUAAAUUGGGAAUGGUUCCUGACGUUAAUACUUAUAAGAUAUUGGUGCCGGCGGUUUCCAAAAUUGGGUUCAUGGAUGAAGCUUUUAGGUUGUUGAAUAAUUUUAGUGAGGAAGGUAAUAGACCUUUUCCUAGUUUGUAUGCACCUGUUAUGAAGGCUUUGUUUAAGAGAGGUCAAUUUGAUGAUGCUUUUUGCUUUUUUGCUGAUAUGAAAGUAAAGGGUCAUCCUCCUAAUCGGCCGCUUUAUACUAUGCUUAUAACUAUGUGUGGCCGUGGUGGAAGGUUUGUUGAUGCUGCUAAUUAUCUAUUUGAAAUGACUGAGAUUGGUUUUGUACCUAUAUCUAGAUGCUUUGAUAUGGUUACUGAUGGAUUGAAGAAUUGUGGUAAACAUGAUUUGGCUAAGAGAGUGCAACAACUUGAAGUGUCUAUCCGCGGGGUUUGAACUUUGAUAUAUCGAAUUCCAAUGGUGAUUUUCAUCAGUUGUCUUACUGGAAGGUGUAAGCUUUCAUUUUUAAGCUUAGUACACUAACUGCAAUGCACACAUAUAAUGGGUUAAUGUCCUAAGAAAAUUUGAUAAGUAAAUACAUGCAUGAGAUGAGAAGAGAAAGCCAUUCUUUCUCUAGGAUGGAGAAUCAUUUUUGUUAUAUUUAUAUGGCAAAUGAUAAGAAGUAUUUAAUCAUUGGUAAAGAGAAAAGUGACCAGAAGAAAGAAAGUUUAAAGUUUUUCUCCUUGACAGAAUUUAUGUGUUUUCCCAUAAAUUCAAUCCACAGAUGACUGGAGGAGAGACUGAAAUGCAGAUGAACACGAAGAAACUAAUUUUCCAUGUUCAUAGAUGUUGCUUCUUUUGUCCCGUGUAUUCUUCAGUUUGUAUACUCUGAUGGAAAGUUUUGAUGCAUG